AUGAGGGUUAGACGCCUGCAGAGCUACCUAACGGAGCGGAACCUACUGAAAAGGAGUUCACUGGAUAACAUAAAGAAUUUAACGUUAGGGGUGGAUGCCCUAUACUUUUUACGAACGUGCAGUGAGUUGAAAGACGUUCUAAGUGACGUGUCUGGGUGUAUUUCCCCAUGUAUAUUUCACCUAAUAGAUAAGCAAUGUGAGCAUUUCAAGAGGUUAAACAUAGAUGUGAUCUUUGUGUUUGACGGGAUUACCCCCAGGGCGCACAAACUUUUUUCAGCACCAGUGCACCAGAACAUAGAACAGGGAUGGCUCUACUAUGUGAACAGAGAAAAGAAGCAAUCCAACUCAAAUUUCGAAAAAGUAUCUAACAUAUGUAAUUCAGACGUUUCUUUUAUAUUGUUCCAUUAUUUAAAAGGUAAAGGAUUCAAAUGUAUGUACGCUCCGUACCUGGCCAUUUCACAGCUGUCCUAUUUUGUUCAUAUCCACCUGAUAGAUGUAGUGUUUGGUCCUCCAACGAUUAUUCUGCAGAACGUAUCUAAAGUUAUUGUAAACUUUGAAUGGAAGAAGAAUUACUUCGAAUGGGUGGACUUACCAUUUUUACUGAAUAUUUGGAACGUAACGAAUGAGCAACUGCUAGAUGCAUGUUUACUAGCGGGUACAGAAUAUUGUUUAACUUUUCCCUAUUUAAAUUUGUCCUAUUUUAACCAUGGGAGGAAGGAGUUUAGCUUCGAGACAGCGAUUGAAUUUAUUCAGCAGGCAUCUCUUGUAAGUUACUUGGAACAACUUCCGAAUGAUGAAGUGGGGGCGAAUCAUAUCCAGGGGUAUUGUGUUUGUAAGGCGUUGCUGAAAUAUCCUAUCGUUUUGCUUUGCAGUGGAGAGGUGGAUUUUUUCACCAACGGGGUUGAAGUGGGAGGGGAUAAUCAAUUGGAGGAAAAUUCUCAUACGGGGAAACAAAUGGAUGACGGAGGUACACAGGGGGAGGAAAGUCAAGGCGUAUCUCCAGUUUUCGGUGGUUCAGGCGGACCGCGUGAGGCCACGUCGGCUGGGAAAGGAGUGAACCAAGUGAACGGAGUGAACGAAGGGUAUGGAAAGGUAAAUGAGAAUGUUACCAUUGCAUACAAAGAGGGAGGUACUGUGCCAAAUGGAAAAUCCUACAACAAUUGCGAAGAAAAUAAGGGCAACGCCGGAUGUUUCAUCCCUAGUAAUGAUCGCAUGCAGAGCGAUGGAGCGAAUUGCCUUAACGAAGAAGAAACGUCGGGGGAAGGUAAUUUUAUGGGAAAAAAAAAAACAGAAAAAAAAACCUUCAAUGGUGAACAUCUAAUACCGGAAAAUUAUUUAAAAGUGGUUGGGGCGAAGUUUCCGACGAGCGUUUAUUACCUAAUGUCCAUUGGACUUUUGAGCAAAAAGAUCCUAUGCGUCUUAGCGUUAGGAGAGUGGAUAGACUACACACACCCGAUAAUCGAUUCGUUUGAGUAUAGAGACUCUUUGAUAGACUUGAGGGAGUACCGGUGCCGGAUGUUGGGACUCAUUUCUGUGAAAUUGAACCCGUUUUUUUACAAAAGGAAGAUUAAAUUUUUCGAUUAUGGGUCCUAUGUGAAUAACAUUUUGGACGGAAAGGACAACUUCACGUAUUUGGAUGUGCACCUGGUGGAUGGUUUUUUAUGGGACAUCAAUAAGGCCAACGUGAGUGAAGAGAUAAAGAGGCAAAACAUCAGCAAGGUUGAUUUGCAAUUUAUUUUGCGGUGGCACUUAUACUCGGAGAGCAGGAGCAUAUCGCUCGUCUGUGGUAGGAGUGGCCACGUCACGGGAGAGGGGGCUCACAGCUCAGGGGGGUAUACAACCGAUGAACAGGAUGGGGAAGGUACAUCCGAAGUGGGUAAUGCAUCCAAUGCAGGUGAUCAUUCCGAUGUGGAAAGUGCACCCGAGGGGGAAUCACGUGCAGACCGAGUGACGAAGCAUUAUAACGAUUAUUACAAGAAGCUGCUGAAGGUGAACAAUCAGAACUUUGAGAGCAUCCUCUCUUUGGUGUAUUACAUGUUUCUGGAAAAUUUGGGAAUUUUCACAAAAAAUUGUGGCGUCACUGUUUUUGGUCUUCUCCUGUCAGAAGUCAGAAACAAAGACAUCGACAGUAACAUUCUGAUCAUUUUUGAAUUAUUGAAGUUUGGCUUUUUGACGACGGAGCCAUUGGUACCUCCACAGGGAGAGUCCUAUCCGGAGAAUGCUUACGCAUCUGUUUUAAAUUGUAGAAAAUUGACUGAACAGGAUAGGAAAAGUGUUACCCUUUUGUCUAGAAUAUAUUCCCUAUAUAAUGUAGACAUAGAUAAGUACACAACAUAUGAUGGGCUGAUCGACUUUGAUCUCUGUGCCUUUUUCGCUGUCGUGAAAAUUAUUAAAAAGACACUGAGACAGUUGUUGCAGGCUUGUGUUGCCAAUGUACUUAUAAGUAAUAUGGAUUUGAUUCACCUUUUGCCUGAAAAUCUUUACAACCCUAACGAUAGUAGCAUUUCUGGUUUUUUCGUAACGCACCACCUUAUGGGCGUUUUAACGAAAUAUUUUUUGCUAUUCAAUUUUGACGAUUUGAAAGGGGGAGAGAAAACAUCCUUCGCUGAUCUUUCAGGGGGGUCCACCAGUGGGGGAGAAAGUACUACCUCUGAUAGGGCAAAUGGGGAGGGUGCAAAAUCUGAACCGGUAGUAGAUGAAAAGGUGCACAGGGAAAUAAGCAUGGCAGAUGUGGAAGAGAGUAACUCGAAGAAUAACAAUCUAUGUCAAAACGGAAGGGAUGAAAAAAUCUCCCGAGCGGAAUCAUCCCUCCCACCUCAAAAUGAAAGGGUUUGCAAAACGGAGCAUGCUGAACAAAGGGAUCUUCAACCGUUGAAGGAGAAUUCUUCGAGGAUGGAUGCGAAUAUGCCUAAAGAAGGAGUAGAACCAAAUGAUGCUAACACUUGGAAGGGUUGCACCAAAGGUGAGAACAAACCGAAUGGGGACCAUGCCUAUGAGGGGGACAGCACUGUGGAGGAUGUAUGCACUGAUGAAGGGAAUGGACCAAAGGAUCACGACAUCGUGGGGGAAAGUGGCGCACCUGGUAGUGACAGCUACGAAUGCGAAGUGACGGAAAAUGUAGUAGGUCAAAACGGCCAUUACGCCACUGACCAAGAUAAUUCACAAAACAACUUUAACGAAUUUGAAAAGGCGGUGAGGAAAAACUUCCCGAGUUUCCUAAACCCAAUCAUUGAUUUAUGUAAUGCGAUAAACACGUGGCGGGACCACCUCAGUUUGAUCACGCAGCUGGAGAAGCAUACCAAUGUGUACGACUUGGUCUCAGACCUAAAAGCGGCAGAUCAAUUUUUGCAGAAAAAAAUACACUACAUAGGGCUGGACAAGACGACGGCAUACAUUAACAUUUGCGCGUCGAACAACGCGUAG